AGGCAGGCAGGCAGACAGAGAGAGGGAAGGCAGAAGGACAGAAAGGAGGGCAGAGAGAAGAAAAGCAAGACGUGAAGAUGGCCGGGAGAGACAGGAUCGCUGAUCUGCUCAGGAAGCUCGCGAGAGCAGCAUGCAGAUGUCCGGCUCACUCCAACACAUUCCACCAAGGUGGAGCUGCAAACGGCGCCGUCCGAAGCACCGACUACGCGUUUGAGAUGGCCUGCUCCAACAUCCGGUAUGGAGAAGGAGUCACACGGGAGAUCGGAAUGGAUCUUCAGAAUAUGGGAGCUCGUAAUGUGUGUUUGAUGACGGAUCAGAACCUGGCUCGCCUGCCACCUGUUAAAGCGGUCCUGGAGUCGCUGCUGAAGAAUGGAGUCAAUUACAAGAUGUACGACAAGGUCCGCGUGGAGCCCACUGACAGCAGCUUUAAGGAGGCCAUCGCGUUCGCCAAGAACAACUCCUUCGACGCGUUUGUGGCUGUGGGCGGGGGCUCGGUGAUUGACACCUGCAAAGCAGCCAAUCUGUACGCCUGCCACCCUGAAGCCGAUUUCCUGGACUUUGUCAACGCUCCCAUUGGGAAAGGAAAGCCUAUUACUGGUGUCCUGAAGCCUCUGAUGGCAGUUCCAACGACUGCUGGGACUGGGAGCGAGACGACUGGUGUGGCCAUUUUUGACUUCGAAGAGCUGAAGGCAAAAACCGGUAUAGCCAGCAGAGCCAUCAAACCAACUCUGGGGAUUGUCGACCCUCUGCACACCCUGCACAUGCCGGAGAGGGUGGCCGCCAACAGCGGCUUCGACGUGCUUUGCCAUGCCCUGGAGUCCUACACUGCCCUGCCCUACAACCUACGCAGCCCCUGCCCCCCCAACCCCGUCAACCGGCCUGCCUACCAGGGCAGUAACCCAAUCAGCGACGUCUGGUCCAGGCAUGCCCUUCAGGUGGUCGCCAAGUACAUGAAGAGGGCAGUGAGAGACCCAGAAGACAUGGAGGCUCGCUCCAGCAUGCAUCUGGCCAGUGUGUUUGCUGGAAUUGGCUUUGGAAAUGCAGGAGUGCACUUAUGUCAUGGGAUGUCCUACCCCAUCUCUGGUAAUGUGAAGACAUACAGGGCAAAGGACUACAACGUGGAUCACCCUGUGGUACCUCAUGGCCUCUCUGUGGUCCUCACAUCUCCAGCAGUCUUCAACUUCACUGCCCCCAUGUGCCCAGAGCGCCACCUUGAGGCUGCACAGAUCCUGGGGGCGGAUGUGAGCCAGGUGAAGAGGGCAGAUGCUGGCCCCCUGCUGGCGGACACGCUGCGUGACUUCCUGUACGAGCUGCAGGUGGAGGACGGCCUCGGCGCGGUGGGAUACGGGGCGGAUGACAUCCCAGCACUGGUCAGAGGAACUCUGCCACAGGAGCGAGUGACCAAACUGUCCCCCAGAGAGCACAGCGAGGAGGACCUGAGUCGCCUGUUUGAGGCCUCCAUGAAGCUCUACUGAGAGAAAGAGAAGCGUCACCUCUUAUCACCCUCCCUCUUUAUCUUGUAAGGAUAAUACUCCACUAGCUGCCACUGGGUCAGCACCGUCCCUCACAGCCAGACGGUCCCGGGUCUGGACCCCGGGCCGUCCCAGCAGCGUGGUUACAUGCGGACGACACAUUUGGUUGUAACCCACAAGGACAGAAUAAAUAAAGCGGAUGUCUUUGUGCCGGCCCGGGGCGUGGCGGGUGUGACGGCUGACGGACAGGCUUACUUCCUUCCUGGGCCUGUGGUGCGCCGCCGUGGGUCAGACAGUGUAGACGCUACACUCUGCAGUCACCCUACUGGCAGACACACACACAGACACACACACACACAGACACACACACACACAGACACACACACACACACACACACAGACACACACAGACACACACACACACACACACACACACACACACACAAGACGGUUGGGUGCCAUGGCAGCUAAUGCAGUAUUAUCCCUUCUGUCCUGCCACCUGCGUAUCCAUGAGAGAUGGCAGGAGGGUGUGAAAUCCUGAUUGUUUCUUCUUAAAGUCCGACGAGUUGACCCCUGACCUCAGUCUUUAUUUGCUUAUUGCUGUUUUUUUGUACAUGAGAACAGAAACAGAUUAAAGCGUGUCUGUGAGUGAUAGUGAUUCUGGAGUGAGAGUGGAGACGGUUCUCUGGUCUAGUUUGUGGAAGAGGACUAAAUCUAAAACAGUC